GCAACCGCACACCCGCCACCGAACUCCACCCGUCUCUCACUCCCGCCCAUUGUAUAAAGACGCUCCUUCUCGUGGCAGUGUUUUGCCUCCCCUCUUCACCCAACUCUGUCUCCGAGUCCAACAAGCCAAUGGCUGUCGUCCGCCAGCGCCGCCAGCUGCCGCACCUUACCCUCCCGCUCGACCACUUCGUCCUGCGCUUGCCGCCGCAGCCUCAGCCCACCGCCGCGCCGUCCACCUCCACGUCCGACGCCCGCCUCUCGGACUACGAAAGGCUCUCCGUUCUCGGCCACGGCAACGGCGGCACCGUCUACAAGGCGCGGCACCGCCGGUCCUCGCAGCCGCUCGCACUCAAGAUCUUCGCGGACGGGGACGCCUCCGCGGCGCGCGAGGCCGAGAUCCUCAUGCUCGCCGCGGACGCGCCCCACGUCGUGCGCCUCCACACGGUGAUCCCGUCGGCCGCCGCCGGGGAGGCGCCCGCGGCUCUGGCGCUGGAGCUCAUGCCCGGGGGCUCCCUCGCGGGCCUGCUUCGCCGGCUGGGCCGGCCGAUGGGGGAGCGCCCCAUCGCCGCCGUGGCGCGGCAGGCGCUCCUCGGGCUCGCGGCGCUCCACGCGCUCCGCGUCGUGCACCGCGACCUCAAGCCGUCGAACCUGCUCGUCGGCGCCGACGGCGAGGUGAAGAUCGCCGACUUCGGCGCGGGCAAGGUGCUGCGGCGGCGGCUGGACCCCUGCGCGUCGUACGUCGGCACGGCGGCGUACAUGUCCCCCGAGCGGUUCGACCCGGAGGCGUACUCGGGAGACUACGACCCCUACGCCGCCGACGUGUGGAGCCUCGGGGUGGUCAUCCUGGAGCUGUGCCUGGGCCACUUCCCUCUCCUGCCCGAGGGCCAGCGCCCGGACUGGGCCGCGCUCAUGUGCGCCAUAUGCUUCGGCGAGGCGCCGGAGCCGCCUGCCGCUGCGUCGGACGAGUUCCGGGACUUCGUGGCGCGGUGCCUCGAGAAGAAGGCCUGGCGGCGCGCGUCGGUGACUGAGCUGCUGGAGCACCCGUUCCUCGCCGAGCCGGACGCCGCCGGCGCACAGCACGCGCUCGCUGCGCUCGUCGCAGAGGCGGAGCAGCGCGGCCAAUAAUAGACAAGACACACUACUAGGAGAUUUAUUAGGACGAGCUGGGGUGUGCAUAAAUUACAGCAAGUGUGUAGCUUCUCUUUUUGUUCCUUUUAUCCCUCAUUCGUUCGUUCAUUGAGUUCAUCAAGCAAAUAUCAAAUCUCAAGAGGUAACCAGUUCAUG